AUGUUUAAAUUUAAACUUGGUCGAAAACAACCCGAAGAAAAUGAAUCACGUCGGCGUCUUCAAAAAGAAUUAUUUGGCUUCAAUAAAAUAUGUGAUCGAGGUUUUCCAUCACAUCCAUCAGCAAUUGCUUAUGAUUCUCAAUUAAAAUUAAUUGCUAUUGGUACACAUACGGGAGAAAUUCGGAUUUAUGGUCAACCAAAUUUUCAGUUAUCAUAUGAUCUUAACACAUCAUCAAUUCGUAAAAUAAUCUUUUUAAAUGGUAUAGCACGGCUUCUUGUAUUAACAAGUGAUGGUUAUUUACAUUUACUUGAAAUAAAUAAUUUAAAUACUAUACAUAUUGAUCAUUUAUGUACAUCAAAUGAAGAUAUUGGAAUGAUUUUAAAAAAUACACAAACAUUAUGUUUAUUAAGAAAUAAUUUAAAUCUAUUAAUUGGUCUUAAUAAUGGAAAUAUUUAUUCAUUUAAUAUUGAAAAUUUUUCACUCAAUACAAAUCCAAUUAUUCCAACAGAAACUAUAGAAAAAAUAAUUGUUGAAAACUGUAGUGGACGUAUUAUUCAUCCAGGUUCGGUACAAUCAAUUGUACAACAUCCAAUAAAUGAUGAUAAAAUCUUAAUUGGUUAUAAAAAUACACUUAUUGUGCAUUGGGAUUUACCAUCAAAUAGUCAUGAUAGAACUUAUAUUUAUAAACAGGAAGUCGAAUCUGUUUGUUGGUAUAAUCAGGGUAGAAAUUUUGCUACUUGUCAUAGUAAUGGAAGUUAUGCAUUAUGGGAUGCUAAACAACAAUUAAAUAUAGUUGAAAUAGAAAAAAUUCCUUAUGGACCAUAUCCAUGUACACCAAUGACAAAAAUUGAUGUAAAAAUUAUGAGAAAUGGUGAUCCUUUAAUAAUAUUUUCCGGUGGUUUACCUCGUUCAAGUUAUUCCAAUAAACAUACUGUUAGUUGUCUAUGUGAAAAUGAACAUAAUAAUGAACGAACACGACAUGUAACAUUUGAUUUUACAACAGGAAUCAUUGAUUUUUUUACUAUUGAUAAAUUAUCAAAUGAUGGAUCUCGUGAUGAUCCUCAAUCACUUGUAAUUUUAUUACAUGAAGAAAUCGUCAUGAUUGAUCUUAUUACUGAUAGUUGGCCAUCAUAUCCUUUACCAUAUUUGAAUAGUAUUCAUGCAUCACCUGUUAUAUGUACAACAUUUGCAUGUAAUGUUAAUCAAGAAUUUUAUAAAAAACUUAUUAAUUAUGCAUCAAUACAAUUUGAAGAUUAUUCAGAUCGAAAAUGGCCAAUAACAGGUGGAGAAAUAACUAAAAUUGAACAUGAUUCACAACAAAAACAUUUAUUACUAACUGGACAUGAAGAUGGAUCGGUACAAUUUUGGGAUGUAACAAAUAUUUCUAUGCCAUUGAUUUAUAAGUUAAAAACAAGUGAUUAUUUUCAAAUUGAACAGCCAAUAAAUGAUGAUACAGAUGAAGAAACAUGGCCACCAUUUAGAAAGACUGGUAUUUAUGAUCCAUAUUGUGAUGAUCCACGUCUAGCUAUACAAAAACUAGCAUUAUGUACUAAUACAAAUACUCUUAUUGUCGCUGGAACAGCUGGACAAGUUCUUACAUUUCAAUUUACAGCUGAACCUACUGAUGUGAACUUACUAACAAUAACAGUAAAUUUAUUAGAUGGUUGUGAAAGUUAUGUAUGGAAAGGACAUGAAGAAAUGAGAACUAAAUCAACAUUUGUAUCAUCUGGUUUUAUCGCUACAUCAUUUAUUCAACUUUAUCCGCCGGCUGCUGUUUCAGCUUUAGCUUUAUGUUCUGAUAUUCAAUGUUAUGCUGUUGGUACAGCACACGGUUUUACAUUAAUUAAUUAUCAACAAAAUCGAAUUCUUACUGCUAAAUGCACACUUGAUCCAAACACUUUAGGACAUACAUCUAAAAUUCCAUCAUCAAUUGGUGAAUCAACAUUAAUUCGUGGACGUUCAUUAAAAAAAUCUCUUCGAGAAUCUUUUCGUCGUUUUCGUAAAGGACGCACAAUAAAAAAAUCUACAAUGAUACCAACAACACAACGAAUAGAUGAAAAUAAUUCAUUAUCACCAACAAGUAUUCAUUUAGAAGAGAUAACACGUGUACCUGUUGAACGACAAGUUGAGUUUCGAGAAUUUAAACAAAAUGAUGAUCAAGUCAUUAGUAUGAUUCGUUGUCUUUAUUUUGCUAAAACUUUUCUCAAUAGUCUACAUGAUCGAACUCGUUCUCUUUGGGUUGGUACAAAUGGUGGACAUGUGUAUGUUUAUUCAAUAAUUGGUUUUGAAUCUCAAUCAAUAAAUCGAACAACAAUUACUACAGAUCAAACAAGUAGUUGUUCAUUAGCAAAAGAAAUUCGAUUAAAACAUAAGGCACCUGUAUUAAGUAUUAUUGUGCUUGAUAAUUCAAAUCAAUCUAUAGGACAAGGUUCAAAUAUUCCAUCAAUUGAUUCCACAUGCUCAAUUUCAGAUAUUCCUAAUCCAGCAACAACGAAUUCAGACAAUGUUAUUGCACAUAAAGUCCUCAUCUGUUCUGAAGAACAAUUUAAAAUAUUUACAUUACCACAUUUAAAACCGCUUUGUAAAUAUAAAUUAACAGCAACAGAAGGUACGCGUGUACGAAAAAUAAAUAUUAAUAAAUUUACACUUAAAACAGAUAAUCCAGAUGAAUCUCAUUCAGAAAAUUGUCUUAUAUGUUUGGAUAAUACGGGUCAAAUUGGUAUUUAUUCAUUACCAACAUUGCGUCGUCAAGUUUUAUUUAAUUGUGUCAAACCAACUGAUAUUACAGCAUUAUCAAGUGUACAAUUUACACCAUAUGGACAUGCUUUUUAUUUACAAUCAUCAUCUGAAUUAACAGAAGUAACAUUUUCAUUACAAAAUAUUUCAUCUUAUUCAAUGAUGAUUUCAUAUGAUAAACUUCAACGUAAAACAAUAUUAAGAUUAAUAGAAGAUCAAUCAAGUAAACAAAUAGGUUCGCAAAAAAAUGAAUCAAAUGAUCAUAUGAAUGAAUUGACACAUGAAAAACAUCAUGAAACAUUAUCAAAAGAUUCAAUUUCUUCAUUUACACCUAAGAAUAUUGAUAAUAAAAAUGAAAUUGAUGAACCUGAAUCAAUAAUAAUAGUAAAAUCAAAUCAAAAUGAAACAAACAGUGGUUUUAGUACGAAUUCUGAUUCUGCAAUUGAUUUAAAUUCAAUGAAUAUUACCAAUAAUCAUCCAUCACAUGAGGAAGUUUUAAAAUCGAUUGAACAUGAUCCACCUUCAUUUCAAUCAACACCAUUAAAAAUCACAGUUGAACCAUCAAUAAUAGUUUCGCAAAAUGGUCAGCAUCCAUCAGUUUCACCAGUACUUUCAAAAUCAAGUAAAAAAGGUGCAGCUCCACCACCACCAAAACCAUCUAAAUUAAUAUCAGUAAAAGUUCGUCAAGCACCAACUAUAGAUGAAGUUCAUUGUUAUAAUGGUACAAAUAAUAAAGCAUCGUCACCAACUCAACAAACAGCUGCCAUACAUACUUAA